UCGGGCCGCUACCACUGUCCGGCCCGGAGGGGAACUGUUUUCUCCGGAAGUGACAACACGCUGACUAGGAAAAGGAGGAGGCGGGGCAGUGGGGCUUUCGGCGGCGACUAUGGAAGGAGCCGGCUACAGGGUGGUGUUUGAGAAGGGCGGAGUGUACCUGCACACCAGCGCUAAGAAGUAUCAGGACCGAGACUCUCUCAUCGCUGGUGUCAUCCGUGUCGUGGAAAAGGACAAUGACGUCCUCUUGCACUGGGCUCCUGUAGAGGAGGCUGGAGAUUCCACCCAAAUCCUCUUCUCCAAGAAGGACUCCAGUGGGGGUGACUCCUGCGCUUCUGAGGAGGAACCAACCUUUGACCCCGGCUAUGAACCUGACUGGGCUGUCAUCAGCACUGUGCGGCCACAGCCCCGCCACUCAGAGCCCACGAGAGGUGCAGAGUCCAGCUGCCCCCAGGGCUCCUGGGCCUUCUCAGUGAGUCUGGGGGAGCUCAAGUCCAUCCGCCGCUCCAAGCCGGGCCUCAGCUGGGCCUACCUGGUUCUGGUGACCCAGGCUGGAGGUUCCCUGCCUGCACUGCACUUCCACCGCGGGGGCACCCGCGCCCUGCUCCGCGUCCUCAGCCGCUACCUGCUGUUGGCCAGCUCCCCACAGGACUCCCGCCUCUACCUUGUCUUCCCCCACGACUCCUCUGCCCUCUCCAACUCCUUCCACCACCUGCAGCUCUUUGACCAGGACAGCUCCAAUGUGGUGUCUCGCUUCCUCCAGGAUCCCUACUCCACCACCUUCAGCAGCUUCUCCCGAGUGACCAACUUCUUCCGGGGUGCCCUGCAGCCACAGCCCGAGGGAGCCGCCUCCGACCUUCCCCCGCCACCCGACGAUGAGCCCGAGCCUGGGUUUGAGGUCAUUUCCUGUGUGGAGCUGGGGCCUCGGCCAACUGUGGAGCGGGGCCCUCCAGUUACAGAGGAGGAGUGGGCGCGCCACGUGGGCCCUGAGGGCCGCCUGCAGCAGGUCCCCGAACUGAAGAACCGGAUCUUCUCAGGGGGUCUGAGCCCCAGCCUGCGGCGCGAGGCCUGGAAGUUCCUCCUGGGGUACCUCAGCUGGGAAGGCACAGCUGAGGAGCACAAGGCCCACAUACGCAAGAAAACGGAUGAGUAUUUCCGCAUGAAGCUGCAGUGGAAAUCUGUGAGCCCUGAGCAGGAGCGGAGAAACUCACUCCUGCACGGAUACCGCAGUCUCAUCGAGAGGGACGUGAGCCGCACUGACAGGACCAACAAGUUCUACGAGGGUCCCGAGAACCCGGGGCUGGGACUGCUGAAUGACAUCCUCCUCACCUACUGCAUGUAUCACUUCGACCUCGGCUACGUCCAGGGCAUGAGUGACCUUCUCUCCCCGAUCCUCUACGUCAUUCAGAACGAGGUGGAUGCUUUCUGGUGUUUCUGUGGCUUCAUGGAGCUUGUGCAAGGGAACUUUGAAGAGAGCCAGGAGACCAUGAAGCGGCAACUCGGGCGACUGCUGCUGCUCCUGAGGGUGCUGGACCCCCUGCUCUGCGACUUCCUGGAUUCCCAGGACUCCGGCUCUCUCUGCUUCUGUUUCCGGUGGCUGCUUAUCUGGUUCAAGAGGGAAUUCCCCUUCCCGGAUGUCCUUCGGCUGUGGGAGGUGCUGUGGACAGGGCUCCCUGGCCCCAAUCUGCACCUGCUGGUGGCCUGCGCCAUCCUGGACAUGGAGAGGGACACCCUCAUGCUGUCCGGCUUCGGCUCCAAUGAGAUCCUCAAGCACGAGGCACAGAGUGGGCGCUCGGGCGGAGGUGGCUGAGUGCCGGCUGGCGCCUGACCCACCCCCUCCCGCAGCACAUCAACGAGCUGACUAUGAAGCUGAGCGUGGAGGACGUGCUGACCCGCGCCGAGGCCCUGCACCGCCAGCUAACCGCCUGCCCCGUGAGUCCCCGUCCACCCCGCAGCGCCCAGCCCGAACCCCGACAGACCCCCGCCCCCAUCCCACCUUCACCUUCCGCUUUUCGCUUCUCUCACCCCGCGCCUCCAGGAGCUGCCCCACAACGUGCAGGAGAUACUGGGGCUGGCGCCGCCCGCAGAGCCCCACAGCCCCUCGCCCACCGCCUCCCCGCUGCCUCUGUCGCCCACCCGGGCCCCGCCCACCCCGCCGCCUUCCACGGACACAGCCCCGCAGCCCGACAGCAGCCUGGAGAUCCUGCCCGAGGAGGAGGACGAGGGCGCCGACUCCUAACCCCGCCAGGCAGCCUCGUUCUGCACAGGCACUUUAGCCCGAGCCAGGCACACCUGGGAGGGGGCGGGUGUGCUCCGCCGCGCUACUGAUAAGCUGGCUUCAUUAAACUGACACUUCUCA